AUGUCCCGGACAAAGGGGGUGACCGGCAUUGUCGGCGUCCGCAAGGCCGCCAUGCCGGCCUGGUGCAAGAUCCGCAGGCUGGCCGACUCGCCCACCGGGCGGCCAGAGGGUGAGGUCGGCUUUGUCCCGGCCUCACACAUCGCCUCCCUCCGCAACAACUACCUCCUCGACCAACCGCUGCCGCACAUUGCUUCCUUCAACUACACUCCGCGCAACAGGUCCGCCUGCACGCGCAGACUCAAAAUCAAAAAGGGCUCCGUCCUUCUCGUCCACGGUGAAGAGGCCGGCUGGGCCCUGUGUGAGACUGUCGACGCCAGCGCCAUCGGCUUUGUCCCGCGCAACCUUCUCCGGGCACCCAACCUUCUCCGGGCACCCGAUGAGCCCAAGCCGCCCAAAAAGCCGCCGCCACCCGAGCUAGAAUCAGAGCCAGAGCCGGUUCCCGAGCCCGAGCCGGUUCCCGAGCCAGAGCCGGUCCCCGAGGCCAAGCCCAUCGACGAGCCGGAGCCACAGGUGGAACCGAUGUCGGCGCCUGUUGCGGCUCCUGAGCCUCUUGCACCUGCGCCUCCUGUCGAGCAGCCACCCAAGGGCCUCGAGCCAGUAUCUGCUGCAGAUCCAGGACUCAAACCUGAGCCGGAGAAAGAGAACCUUGUACCGGUGGCGAUACGCCCGAUCUCCGCCCCUUCGUCUGCAGAGAGCGCUGAGCUCCGGCAGCGACUGGUCGAGCUCGAAGUGGCCAACGCUAAGCUCAAGGCUUCCAACGACGCCCUGGCGUCCGGUUUUAGCGGGACCGGCGAGCUCGAGCGCGCCAUUGCCGCGGCUCUUGUAGAGCAGGAGGAGCUGCGCGUCCGUCGCCGCGAGCUCGAGGACCGUGGACAGGCACUAGAGGUUGACUCUGCCGACGCGCAAAAGCUGUUCUCGCGCCUCACAAGGCUGCAGGCUGCCAACGACGCCCAGCAGCGAGCCAACGACGUGCUGGCAGGCCAGCUCGAGGCAGAGACCCAGGUCCUGCAGCGGAAAGAGCUUGAUGCACAACGGGCGCUGACCGAGGCCCAGCGGCGCGAAGUCCACCUGCUCGAACUUCAGACCGAGCUCCAGGUCCAACAGGAGAACGCUGCCAGCCGUGCCGCCCGAAUUCGCCAGGACGCUGAUGAGGCUUUGCAUCUCUCCGAGGCCAAUGUCCGGCUCGAGGCCCAAGUCAAGGAGCUUAAGACCAAGCUGACGCGGAUGUCGCAGGAUCGGCAAAGCUCGCGCAGUGAUGCCUCACGCAAGAAGCAUGAGCUGGAGGCAACUCACAUUCGACUCACCAACGAGCUGGCACACUUACAGGCCGAGCUGCGGGCCCAGCACGAGAUCGGGAUGCCCGGUGUGUCGCAAGACGUGUACCUCGCACUGGUGGCCGAAAACUCGCGCCUGGCUGACAUGCUGUCUGAGUACAAGGUCAAGAUGUCAGGCUACCUCGAGACGCUCGGCGACGAAAAGGCAGCGGCAACAGAGAAGGUGCUCGCGCUCGAGGUCGCCAAAGCCGGUGGUCUAGCGCAAGUCGCGUACCUCCGAUCGGUGGUGGGCAAGGCACGCGACAACGUGGUUCAGGUCGCUCAAAAGCUGGGCGCAUCCUCGCAAGUCCCUCAGCUCAAGGCCGAGGUCGCAGUUCUCGCCGACGAAGCCGCCGCGCUGAGCGCCAAGGUGCUCGAAGCCAAGGCCCAAUCAGGCUCGUUGCUGCAAGAAGCCAAGCGGCAAGAGGUAGCGACCGAGGCGCGCAAGCGUGGGCUGCUCGCCGAAAUCGACCACCUCAAGCAGCAGCUUUCCGACAUCCCGCCGCCGCCUGACGCUGUCCGGAUCGAGCUGGAUGCCAACUCAGUUAUCGAUCUUGAGAACAACGAGCUCGAGCGCGAGAUCCAGCAGCUGCAAACUGUCCUCGCCCGCAGGCUCGCCGAAGCCAAGCAGUCGCCAGACUCGGUCGCGCGCCGGCGCGCUUUGCUUCUUUCCAAGCGCUCCGAGCUGGAGACCGAGCUGCGAUCUGCCAAGCGGCUGAUCAAGACCGAGCGGACGUUCAUUGCUGAGCUCGAGGCCGCAUCGGCAUCCGACGAAGCCGAGUUUGCGGCCAAGUCGCGCGAGCUGGUCGCACACAUUGCCGACAACAAAGUUGUCUACGCCGAACUUCUCCGCCGCAAGGAACAGGUAUCCGCCCUCAAGAAGGAUCUUGAGCUUCGCAACGCCCAGCUGGACAAGCAGAUCGCCCGCGAGGUCUCGGCGCGUGAGAAUAUGGUGCGGACCGACGCGACGCUCAUGGACGAGCUGAAAGACGCGCGCGGCAUGCUCGCCGAGAAGCUGGCCCAAUAUCAGGAGCACGCCCUCCAGGCAACCCAUCACUACAAGGAGCAGCAAGAGCAACAAGCGGCAGCGCGGAGCGAGCUUCGGAGCGUACUCAAUCAGGUUGCAGCAGUCGAUGUCAAGCUUGAAGAGCUGGCCAAGAAAGACGCCCAGCGCAAGACCAGUCACGCCGAAAUCAUGGCCCAGCUGUCGGCGUCUCUGCUGGCGGCCAAGGAGCAGCGCGACGCCACCGCAGCCGCCGAGCGGGAGGUCUCUACGCGGCGGAGCAAGCAAGAGGCCGAAGUGGCAGCACUCGAGGCGCAGCUGGCGCGGGCCCGCGAAGAAACAGCCGCCAUCGAGGCCUCGCUGGCGCGAACAACCGCCGCCACCACGCCACAUGCCUCCGCGCUGCAGUCCCGCAUCGACGAGCUCACCUCGGCCAUUUCGCGGGAGAUCUCCAAAGCCGAGCCGCUGCGAGCCAAGGCUGCUGAGCCGUAUACCGUCUCGCCAGGCCGGGCACCCGCACCGCCGUCAAAGCUGGCGUCGUCGUACGCAUCCGCCUACGCAUCGCCCUUUUAUCCAUAG